AUGUUCACUGCCAAGAAUCCUUUUGAGGACAUCGUCCUCAAGGCAACUUCGGAAGAGCUCACUUCUGAAAACUGGGAGCUCAACCUCGAGGUUUGUGACAAGGUCUCCUCCGGAGGAGAGUCUGCCGCUCGGAAUUGCGUCGCAGCCAUCCAGAAGCGCCUCGUACACCGCAACGCCAAUGUCCAGCUGUACGCUCUCACUCUCGCUGACGCUGUUGCAAAGAAUUGCGGACUCACCGCGCAUCAAGAACUCGCCGGCAGAUCUUUCACCCAGACGCUUGCCAGGAUCUGUCUCGACCGCAACACGCAUGCUACCGUCAAGAAGCGAUGUUACAGCCUUGUUAAGGAGUGGGCGGGAGAGUUUGAUGAUGAGAGCCUGGGUCUCAUGAAGGAUACUUACGAGUCCCUCAAAUCUCAAGACGCUGUCGUUGAAGACGAGGGUCCAUCCACACAGCCACGCGAGCCAACAUCCGAGCAGCUCCGGGCUGAAGACGAAGAGCUUAGGAGGGCUCUCGAACUCUCAUUGAAAGACCAGGGCGGUCGCAAUGCAUACAACAGCUACGAUGACCAGCAGGCGGAAGCUUCUGGCUCUUCCGCACCCGUGGCCGCUGCCGCUGCCGCUGCUUCUAGCUCCUACUCUCAGCCACAAACAUCUCAGUACUCCGCUCCCCCAGCGCAACAGCACUCCACCAACGCAAAUGCAAGCACCUCAGCAGCGAGCGCUCACCCAGCCGCGCCAUCGGCCGCAGCUAUACCAGCUGUUGCUUCUCGCGUUCGUGCUCUGUACGACUUCUCGCCUAACGAACCGGGCGAGCUUGCAUUCUCCCGCGGAGAGAUCAUCAGAGUCCUUGACAGCGUCUACGAACAUUGGUGGAGAGGCGAGGUUCGAGGAGAGGCCGGAAUUUUUCCCGUCAACUACGUUGAGAUCUUGCCAGAUCCUACCCCGGAGGAGCUUCAGAGGGAGGCAGAGAUGGAGGCUCGCAUCUUCUCUCAAGCUGCCGACAUUGACAGGCUGCUGAACAAGCUUCGCAGCCUUGACCCUGUGCGCGACAAUCUUGCUGAAGAUGAAGAGCUGCAAGAGCUGUACCAAAAGUCGCUAGCCAUGCGACCCAAGAUUGUUAAGCUUAUCGACCGCUACAGUAACAAGAUCACCGAGCUCAAGGCCAUGAACGACAAGUUUGUUCACGCGCGCGGAUCAUUUGACGAGAUGAUGGAGCAGAGCCUGUCCAGGUACAAUCCUGCCGGUCACUCGAGUCAGGACUACCUUCGCCCUCGUCCCGAGCUCCAGCACCAAGCUUCGGCAUCUUCGGCUGACUACGCACAACACCAUGGAUACUCGAACCCGCAUGGCUACCCGGCUCAGUCUACGCCCGGUGUGCCAGCACCUCACGAUCAGCAGAGCCAAUACCCCUACAACCCUCAGGUACAGCAUGGCUAUCCCCAGUCCACCGGACCCGCCCCUGUCGAUCCCAACUACGGACCCAGCGCUCAUGCUGGCGCUCAACCGCAACACCAACCUCCCUUGACCUAUCCUGGGAUGCCACAGGACCAGCAGUAUCAACCUACUCCUCACGACGAUGAGAAGCGUCGCCUAUACGAACGGGCGAGAGCUGAGAGCGAGGCUUUCCAACAGCAGCAUUUCCAGCAUCCCCAGGGUCACCCAUCGAGCAAUGGCUACAAUCCAGGUUAUCCGUCUCAGCCUGAUGCAUCCGGCCUCAACCAGCAGAUGGGCAACAUGAAUAUUGGAGGUUCCAGCAGCUAUCCCUCGCAUCCUGUCGGUCACUGA